AUGGAAGAGCAUCUCAGCCUGCUGAGCUCGCCGCCGCCCGCCGCCCGCCACCGCGCCCCCCCGGCCCCGCGCCCCGCCGGCGGCGGCGCCCGCACCCUGGUGAACCCGGGCUACGCCGAGUCGGCCGCGGGCCCCGAGCUGCCGCCCGACAUGACCGUGGUGCCCGGGGACCACCUGCUGGAGCCGGAGGCGGCCGACGGCGGCGGCGGGGACCCGCCGGAGGGCAGCUGCGGCGGCGGCGGCGGCGGCGGCGGCGGCGGCGGCGGCUGUGACCGUGACCGCUACGAGCCGCUGCCGCCCGCGCUGCCGGCCGCCGGCGACCAGGACUGCUGCGGGGAGCGCGUGGUCAUCAACAUCUCGGGGCUGCGCUUCGAGACGCAGCUCAAGACCCUCUGCCAGUUCCCCGAGACGCUGCUGGGCGACCCCAAGCGGCGCAUGCGGUACUUCGACCCGCUCCGCAACGAGUACUUCUUCGACCGCAACCGGCCCAGCUUCGACGCCAUCCUCUACUACUACCAGUCCGGGGGCCGCAUCCGCCGGCCGGUCAACGUGCCCAUCGACAUCUUCUCCGAGGAGAUCCGCUUCUACCAGCUGGGCGAGGAGGCCAUGGAGAAGUUCCGCGAGGACGAGGGCUUCCUGCGCGAGGAGGAGCGGCCGCUGCCCCGCCGCGACUUCCAGCGCCAGGUGUGGCUGCUCUUCGAGUACCCGGAGAGCUCGGGGCCGGCGCGGGGCAUCGCCAUCGUGUCCGUGCUCGUCAUCCUCGUCUCCAUCGUCAUCUUCUGCCUGGAGACGCUGCCCGAGUUCCGCGACGAGAGGAGCUACUUCGCCCCGCCGCCGCCGCCGCCGCCGCCGCCGGCGCAGGAGCUGCCGGAGGGCGCCGGCAACGGCACGUCGGGGGCCGCCGCCGCCGCCGCCGGCGCGUCCAGCUUCUCCGACCCCUUCUUCGUGGUGGAGACGCUGUGCAUCAUCUGGUUCUCCUUCGAGCUGCUGGUGCGCUUCUUCGCGUGCCCCAGCAAGGCCACCUUCUCGCGGAACAUCAUGAACCUGAUCGACAUCGUGGCCAUCAUCCCCUACUUCAUCACGCUGGGCACGGAGCUGGCCGAGCGCCAGGGCAACGGGCAGCAGGCCAUGUCGCUGGCCAUCCUGCGGGUCAUCCGGCUGGUGCGGGUCUUCCGCAUCUUCAAGCUCUCCCGCCACUCCAAGGGGCUGCAGAUCCUGGGCCAGACGCUGAAGGCGUCCAUGCGGGAGCUGGGCCUGCUCAUCUUCUUCCUCUUCAUCGGCGUCAUCCUCUUCUCCAGCGCCGUCUACUUCGCCGAGGCGGACGACCCCACCUCGCGGUUCAGCAGCAUCCCCGACGCCUUCUGGUGGGCCGUGGUCACCAUGACGACCGUGGGCUACGGGGACAUGCACCCGGUGACCAUCGGGGGCAAGAUCGUGGGCUCGCUCUGCGCCAUCGCCGGCGUCCUCACCAUCGCGCUGCCGGUGCCCGUGAUCGUCUCCAACUUCAACUACUUCUACCACCGGGAGACGGAAGGGGAAGAGCAGGCCCAGUACAUGCACGUGGGCAGCUGCCCGCACCUCUCCGCCUCGGCCGAGGAGCUGCGGAAAACCAGGAGUAACUCCACCCUCAGCAAGUCGGAGUACAUGGUGAUCGAGGAGGGCGCCCUGAACCACAGCGCCUUCCCGCAGACGCCCUUCAAAACGGGCCAGGCCCCCGCCGCCUGCGCCGCGAACAAUAACCCCAGCGCCUGUGUCAGCGUCAAAAAGAUAUUCACGGACGUGUAA